AUGCCAAGUUCCUCCCCUGGGGCGAAAAUCCGGUGCCUGCCGCUGGUGGUGGGACUGGGGGUGCGGGGUGCCGCUGCUGCUGGUGGUGGUGCUGCCGCCAUUGCUGCUACUGCUACUACUGCUACUACUGCUACUACUGCUGCUGGUGCUGCUGGUGCUGCUGGUGCUGGGACUGGGGGUGCUGGUGCUGGUGCUGCCUCCGGUGUUGCUGCUGGUGCCGCUGGCGCCACCACCACUACUACUAAUACUACUACUACUGCUACUGCUACUGGUUCCGGUGCCGUUGGUGGGUCCUGA